CGUUCCCACCAAUCUAUAACAAGAGCUCGUGUGUAAUUGAUGUGCUGUUGUUAGAGCUGUUUCUCGAUGGGAAGAUACAACCAAGUGGUUUUCUGUGGAGUUUGCUGAGUGAGUGAGACUUGCUCUCCUCAGUCCAUUUGUGUUGCUAUUCUGAUUUGUCAAGGAGGAGCUGAAGCAACAGACUUUGUUUGAGCAUCGUUGCUGUGUGGACGAGGAAGAUGGUGGCGUUAUCGUUUCUUUGCGCCUUGUGCAUUUGGAUGACUACAGUAUGCUCUUCUGCAGGAACUGGAAUUAUUUAUCACAUUCCAAGCAUCACUUUGCCGCGUCCGCGCAUCAAGUCAGAGCAGACCAGCACUGGACCACCGGGCACCGGAUCCCGUACGCAGCUCAGGAAUUGGUGUCAAUAUACAGUUUCCAAGACAGUGACCUGUCAAGUACAUAAUGGAACAGAAACUUCUGUGCAAAGAGUGGUUCAAAGUUGUAGAUGGCCCGGACCCUGCUCAAAAGUUGUCAGUUACAGAACUGUCAUCCGACCAUCCUUUAAGACGGCCUAUAAGCAGGUCACUGCUCUGGAGUGGCGAUGCUGUCCAGGGUUUGUUGGAGAAGAGUGCAGAGAAGAGUGCCUGAACUGUACAACAUUCUCCCAAAUGAACAGCAGAAUUGACAGCAUUGAAUUAAAGAUCAAAAGUUUAGUGGACGGACUUCCACUGCGGCCAACAGUGAACAGUUUAUCUCAGGGGUCCACUGACAACGAGGUGGACGCACAUCAUCCUACACCACCAUCUUACCUGCCCUCAGUUAGCAGUGGAUCCCCGGGACCAAUGGGUCCACCGGGCCCUCCUGGUCCUGCUGGACCUACAGGUCCUCCAGGAAGAUCCGGCCUUCCUGGGGUCAUUGGACCAAAAGGAGACAGGGGUGUCGCAGGGGAGAAGGGUGUUCCAGGACCUCCAGGACUUCCAGGUCCUCCUGGUCCUCCAGGACCUGGCUUCUCUCCCAUUCAAACUAGGGGUGAUGUUUUUCAAGUGAACACCCCAACUUUACCCCCUUCUCAGGUGGUUGUUGGUCCACCAGGUCCAGUAGGCCCUAUCGGCCCUGCAGGUCCUGCAGGACCUAGAGGACCCGAGGGGAUACCAGGGAUUCCAGGACAAGACGGGAAACCAGGCCCCCAAGGCCUAACCGGUGUCCCAGGACCUAAAGGAGACCAAGGUGAAAGGGGGACUCCUGGUGUGUCAGGCGAGAAGGGUUUACCUGGACCACCAGGGUCAAAGGGUGAACCAGGAGAAGUUCUGAAUGAGAGUGAGGCCGUGCAGCAGCUCAGGGAAGCUCUGAAAAUCCUGGCAGAGCGAGUUCUGAUAUUGGAACAUAUGAUUGGCAUUCACGAAAACUCUGAAGGAUCUGGUUUUGGCAUUAUCUCUGACCCUUUGUCUUUGCCCACCAUUAAGGUUAAGCGCCUUCAAAAGCCUAAAAAAACACAAGUACAAAAUGAGAGACAGAGACGAACCUCACUCUAAGAGUAGGCUAUUUUAAGUGUGUAUUUAAAGUACUUUGUUCAAAUAUUGCAAAAUACCCUGUCAGGACACCCAUUUUUAGGAUGGAUAAAGGAUGAUGCAUACUGUAUUCUGUUUUUUAAAUUUUUUGAUUUUUUUACCUAGUGUUGAUGAUAUUUCCUAUACUAUGACAAUAGUCUUUGCAUAACUUUGUAUUUUUUUAAAGACCUGUUGUAAAUAUGAUAUUGUUUAAGUAUAAACCAGUGCAGUAAUUAUACGAUUUUGAACUUUGAAACAUAAUAUCAUAAACUGUAUUUAAGGGUUUCUGUCUUCAGAUAAAAGACUGCUUACAAAACACUUCACUUUUGUUUAGCUGACGACACUGUGUUUAGUGUUUUGGACCAGUGUGGCGGUUUGUCUUAUGUCAGCCGUGUCUAUUGUCUGUGUCUGGUCAAAGUGAUGUAAUACACGACGGUCUGCCAAAGAGAUUGGCCUCAACUCUGGUAAGAGCAUUUGCUGGAUAAGAACCAAAAGGAUGCUGGAUCUUUUCCUCUGGCCAAGUUCUCACAUGCUCUUGGCCUAGACCUGUUAAUGUGCUUAAGAAUUUGAAUCUUAAUGAUGCCUCAAUCACCACAUAAAAUUGUCUCAAAUCAAUGCAUUGUGGGUCUCCAAGAGGCUUUUCUGAACAUAGAUAAAUCUUUUUUUACUAUGUGUACCCUUUGCCUUGCUAGAAAUAUGACUUGUAUAGAGAAAUCUAUAAAUGUAUGGCUGAUCUGGCUAAUGUUUACUCUGAUGACAAAUAGUGUGAAACUGAUGUUUUGUAUCAUUAUGGAUUACAGUACUGUGCAUGUUGUAUUUGUUUAUAUGACUCCUAAUUAGUUAGACAAUUGUAGUCAGUUAUUCUUGUGAAAACAUGAAAAAUAGCACUUCACUAAUUACUUUACGUGUCACAAAACUUCUCUUCAUAUUUUUUACUUGCUUGUUUUGAGGUUUUGUCUAUUUUAAUACAUUGGUGUGCCUGUGUUGGUUCAUAUAGCGCUGUCUUCAUCAGUGUUGUUUAUGUGUAUCUGGAACACAUAAUGAGGUCAUGACUGCUGGAAGAAAAGCAGUCACUUAAUUGAUUCACUGCAUGUUUCAUUAUCUUUUAUACAACAUCUUCAGGUCACUUUGUUUUUCUUCCAUUUAUAGUACGUUGU